GUGCUGCUUGAGGGGUCACCGGUGUUCCCCUUUAAAAUAGUGGCCCUGUCAACUGGCGCCUGUCAGCCAAAUAUUACGCCUUUAAGUGCCUAUAUUACCACACCAGAGUCAUAUCUGAUGAUUAAAUUUUGAUUCAGAUUCUAUUUCAUACGGUGAAACACCUUUUUUACGAGGACGUCUUCGCGUUUUUGACGCUGCUGACACAUUUGGCGGAAAGUCGUCACCCAACACGGUCACGAUUUAAAGCGAAACACCGGAGUACAUUACAGCGUUAGUUUUGGAUAUCUUGGUCGGGUUGUUCCGGUAACUGUAAGUUGUUGACCAUGCGGGUAAUUUAAUGACUCAAAGACCUCAAAGGAAAAAUAAACGCUGCUGUAGUUAUUAGGGCUCAUGUUUACGCACGUGGACUUUUGAGAAGAAGCGAAACCUGCUGUUGUCGGUGUUAGCUAGGUACUGCCCGUGUUAGCUAACUACUGUCUGCACAUCUUUGUAUGGUGGCAGAUUUUCCCUUUAUUUGAGGCCUCUCGUUGAACACACAUUAACUAUUCAGAAAUUAAGAUAUUUCAGUGUGUUUUCAGCUGACAUGGCGUUAUUAGCCACCUCAUUUUGGCUCCACUCAGCGUGCAGACAGUGAUGUUUAGGCUGACUGGUGUUUUCAGGAGCUUCUGCAGCGCCGCAGAGGACAUGGCUAAAGGAAAGUUUUUCUACGCUGUCAGAAAAGGAUUCAAACCCGGAGUCUACAACUCAUGGUGAGAUAGUAAAUAUAAUGAUAUCAGCAUGUCUGAAUGGAAGAAAAAUCCCUGUGUACCCUACAAACCAUGCUUGUUCUUCAGUUGAAUGGGGCACGUGCCGAACUGCGUUGAGAAAUUGUGUGAUUUUAACUUUUCUUAUGGUUGGUAAAUUUCACUUGAGUAUAAAGAAUGCAUUAAGAUUUUUAUUCAAUCAUAUUAACCCACUCUAAAAUUCGGCUAUAAAGCAAUUCGUGAACCACAGCUAGUUUUUUGAUGAUUCAUCUUUGUAUCUCCAUAAUACUUCACUGUUCGUCGUACAAUGAGGAGUCUACUGGUCGACCGAUAUCAGCAGUUCAACGGCUGUUGCCGAUAAUUACAGACGGCAGCUGUCCUUAUAAUGGUUUGAUCUUGACUUAAUGUGAUUGAAAAUUACUUGAAUUUGAUUGAAAAUAACAAAAUAGCUGAACUUGAUUAAACAGUCCAUGGUACUUUUAAUAUUGUCUUUCUCAGGUGUUGGCAUAGUAAUGUAUUGCCACAAUUGACCUCUGGAUUUCUGUCCAUUCAUGUUAUUUUAAAUCAGCCUCAUGAGCACAGAUAUUGGCCAAUGCUUUUUAAUCUAAAAUGUAUAAAUUGUCCAACAGAUUACUCAGUCUGUUUUGUUGUAUCUCAGGAGAAAAGAUAGGAAGAGAUUCACCACGCUGUGAGAGACUGCAUGAGCAAAUAGUUAAACAGUUUCAGAAUAAUGAUCCUUAGUGUCAGAUAUGAAAGACUGAGUGGACUUUAUCAUCUACAGUACAUGAAAUCAUCAUCUUAAGUUGCACUGCAUUGAAACGGACAGCACUUCAGAGUGGAAAUCUCUGCAUGAGUUCAAAAUCCCUUCAGAGACCAUUGUCUGUGAACACAUUUCAUCACUGCAUCCACAAAUUAGGUUAAACCAGAAACAGGAUAUGAACAUUAACAAACCUUUAUGUUGCUUCAGGGAUGAAUGUAGGAGCCAGGUGGAGAAAUUUCCAGCAGCAUCUUAUAAGAAGUUUGCAUCAGAGAAAGAUGCCUGGGCUUUCUUUAGAGGACUUGAUCCGUCCCCAACUCCACAUGCGUCGAAAGGUCAGUAAAGCAGUCUCCUUUUCUCUCUCUAUUAUUACAUUUGCUGUAAAGUUUGGUUAAUGCUCAUUUCUUGCAUGGGGGCAUGAUGAAAUAAACAGAGUAAUGCGGUACCGCUCCUCUUUUCUUUGAUAUGUUGCUUAAAGCUCACGGCUGGACUAAAUACCUCCUGACAGAAAACCGUUUGUGUCUUUCAGUGUUUGAGGCUUUGAAGUCAGAUGUCAGUCUGCUUCCUAAAAGAGGACCAGAGCCUCUGGAGUACAUCCCUCUGGGCAAGAAGAGAUGUCACUCAGAGGAAGAAGCAGAGUCCAGCCCCAAAAAAGCCAAACAGUCAGAGAGCUCAUCCUCAGAGAGCAAAGAUGGAUUUACAUACAUGGGUGAGAUAGUCAGACAUACCAGAGACAAACUCAGAUAAAGUCUGAACUUGGUAUUUGAAUCAAACCAUAACUAACUAUAAUCUAUGUAAUUUUGAUAAAUUAAGAUGAGGCAGCAUUUGAGGGUGUGUUAGGUAUUAGCUCUGCAGUGUCACCAGAGUGUCUCCGCCUCUCCUCAGGUGAUGCUGUGGUUGUCUACACUGACGGCUGCUGCUCAGCUAAUGGAAGGAAAGGAGCCCGAGCUGGGAUCGGGGUGUACUGGGGUCACAACAACCCAUCGUGAGAAAAUGCUCUUAAGUACUAACACACAAUAGCUGUUCAGAGGAAGCUUUCUAGAGCAAACUUUGAUGAACUCCUCUUCAUUGGUAAGCAUUCAUUUUACACUAUUUGCUGUUUGUCUUGCAGAAAUGUUGCAGAGCGGCUGCAAGGAAGACAAACAAACCAGCGUGCAGAAAUACAGGUAAUAGAGAUAUAGCCAACCAACAUGAGAUGGUCCGAUCUUAAAUCCUGGUCAAACAAAAGCUGUAUUCAGACACACAAAAGUCCCUUUGACUGUUUUUAAGGUCUUUCUGCAUAAGUCAAGCAGACCCAACAGUCUGACAGCGUUCAGGUGCAACUGUUUUCUCUUUUGUCAUGUGAUGCGUUUGAGUGACAGUAAAAAAAAUCAGAUACUUCACUGACUCAUUAACAUACGCUCUCAGCUCAGUUCCUCUGUGAAGUCUCGGCCUUCAAUACUGACAUUGAGACACCUUCACUUCUGGAUGUCUGUGUAAAAAAAGUAUAUAUACAUGAGUGCAGCCAUCGUGGAUUAACAAACAGUGUGGCCUGUUUUGGUGUGAAUGAACCAGGCGGCCUGCAAAGCUCUGGAACAGGCCAAAGAGAUGAACAUCAAGAAGCUGGUUCUCUACACAGACAGCAAGUUCACAAUCAACGGUGAGUUUGUAAACCAAAGAGAGCUGUGUACAGAACCUGAUCAUGUAACUCUGGUGAAAUUUUUCACUCAGAGACCUCAGAGUCUGUCUGAAACCUGUGGCGGUUUUUCUCUGUAGGUGUGACCAGCUGGGUGAAGAACUGGAAGCUGAACGGCUGGAGGUUGAAGUCUGGAGGUCAGGUCACCAACAAAGAGGACUUUAUGAAGCUGGACAGACUGAACGCAGAGCUGGAGGUUGUCUGGGUAAAUAUCAUCAGACGUCUCUUGAACACUCACAGAGGUCUGAACUGUUGCAGAAACAGCUGAACUGAAGAGAUGACUGCAGGUCUGUUUUCUCUCUUUUUCUUUCAGAUCCACAUUCCUGGUCACGCCGGCUACAGAGGCAACGAAGAGGCCGAUAGACUGUCCAGAGAGGGAGCUGCAAAGGCUUCAGAGGAGAGUGGAGAGAUGGACUAGAAUCCCUAAAGACAUCAGCUGCUGGACUGUUAGUGUGACAGAAAGUGGACCGCUUUUAUUCAGGUGUGUUUUUGCACAGACUGGAGUCUCUUGUUUUCUUUAAAUGUGUCAUUUGCUGCUGUAAAUAAAGUUUCUGCCUUAACCAAACCUUUCCUGUCUAUAAAGCUGCAGGGUAUUAAAGUGAAGUUUCUUCAAAUGAUCA